GCAGCUCCCUCAUUGUUAGUUACUAUGGAGACAGCUCAGCCCGUGCUGCCUAGCUGCCGGAGCGCGCAGAAGGAUGCACAGCUCUCCGGCGCAACUUCAGCUCUGAGCAACUUGGAUUUCCUUACCAGUGCCUCUUCAGCAGCCCCACCGAAAGCUUCUGGGGCUGCUUGGCCAUGCAGGGCUCACCCCAGAGGCGCUCAGCAGUCAGCAUUUUUAGCAGCUUUUUCCAGGGUCGCAGGCAUUCCUCCUCUGACCCCCUGCUCCGCAUGAUCCAGAGGCGCCGCAGCUCGGUGGUCGAGGUCCUGUCCUCCUCGACGCGCCGGGUGAUGGUGGCGGUGUCGUCCCUGAGUCCCGAGGAGCUGGACGCAAGUUUGCCUGAGAAAAGAAGAGGCUCCCGGCGUCCAACAGCAAAAUACACUAAGGUGGGGGAGCGCCUUCGCCAUGUGAUUCCUGGUCACAUGCAGUGCUCCAUGGCCUGUGGCGGACGUGCCUGCAAGUAUGAGAACCCAGCCCGGUGGAGUGACCAGGAGCAAGCCAUCAAAGGGCUUUACUCAUCUUGGAUAACAGAUAACAUACUGGCUAUGGCUCGGCCCUCAACAGAAUUAAUUGAGAAGUACAACAUUAUUGAGCAGUUUGAAAGAUGUGGCAUAAAGACUGUAAUUAACCUGCAGCGUCCUGGGGAGCACGCGAGCUGUGGGAAUCCACUGGAACAAGAAAGUGGCUUCACCUACCUGCCUGAGGCUUUUAUGGGGGCUGGAAUUUAUUUUUACAAUUUUGGCUGGAAGGAUUAUGGAGUGGCCUCUCUCACUACCAUCCUUGACAUGGUCAAGGUGAUGGCUUUUGCCUUGCAGGAGGGGAGGGUGGCUGUGCACUGCCAUGCAGGACUCGGCCGGACAGGUGUCCUGAUAGCUUGCUACCUGGUUUUUGCCACACGAAUGAGUGCUGACCAAGCCAUUCUCUUUGUCAGAGCCAAAAGGCCUAACUCCAUUCAGACCCGAGGGCAGCUGCUGUGUGUCAGAGAGUUCACUCAGUUCCUGGUUCCCCUCAGAAAUGUGUUUGCCUGCUGUGAGCCCAAGGCUCACACCGUGACGCUGGCCCAGUACCUGACCCGGCAGAGGCACCUGCUCCACGGCUACGAGAGCAGGCACCUCAAGCACGUGCCAAAGCUCAUCCACCUCGUCUGCAAGCUGCUGCUGGACCUGGCGGAAAACAGGCAGGUGGUGGAGGCAGAGCUGCUGGAGAUCCCGGAUCUCUCCGCUGAGAUCGAAGAGACCGUUUCUCACCUGGUGUCCACGCAGCUAGACAGAGAGCUUGCAAGGCAGGACAGUGAUACCUCAGAGUCCUCCCACACCCACUCCUCCACCUUUGAGACCCAGGACAGCCCUUUCUCCCUGGGACACGAAAGUGAUCCUCUUUGGAAACGAAGGAAUGUUGAAUGCCUCCAGCCUCUUAGCCACCUGAGGAGGCGUCUCAGCUACAGCGAGUCAGACUUAAGGAGAACGGAGUUUCUUGUAGAGCAAGGAGAAACUGCCUGGACUGUACCCGCUCAGAUCCUGCUGUGCAACAAGCAGAAGCAGAGCGGUGGCGAGGAGAGUUCCGCCCCAGGCGAGCAAAAGCCGCAGGUGGAGCUGAACAAGGAGCUGUUGGUGCGCAACACCUGCGCGUUCUGGAGCCAAGGGAGGUUUGAUCUGGAGGGGCGAAGGGACGGCGCCUCGCUGUACCGCCGGAGGAACUCCACCAAAGAGGUACAACGCAGCAGGACCUUCUCUUCUGGUCUGGCCUCUCUCCCAAAUGCCAGGGAAGCUGGAACCCCAAGGCACCACUACAGCAAUGAGGUCGGUCAUAGAAAAGAGCGCAAGACCUAUGGCUGUGGCAGAGGAGUCUAUGCCUCCGAGGACUCCGACUCCUCUUCUUCUUCCAAAGUGAACUUUUCCAUUGGAUGCGAAAGCCAAGGUAGCAAAGAUGCCUCAGAGGCAAUUCCACACAUUGUGCUGCAGUCAGAAUUAAGUUUGGAAGCCCGAAGAGUUUUGGCAGCAAAAGCACUCGCAGACAUCAAUGAAUUUCUGGGAGAGGAUGAAGUGAAGGAGAAGGUAGAGAUGUGGCAGAAAGAACUGAAUUCUCGAGAUGGAGCUUGGGAUAAAAUCUGUACUGAGAGAGAUCCUUUUAUCCUCUGUAGCUUGAUGUGGUCCUGGAUAGAGCAGCUGAAAGAACCUAUUAUACCCAAAGAUGAUGUUGAUCUGCUGGCAAAAAAAGGCACUGAAUCCCAGGAUGCUCUUUACUUACUGAGAAAGGAACAGUGUCAGACCAUCCUGUGUAUUCUGCACUGUGUGGUGAACUUGCAAAUGCUGCCAGCUGAUGUGGAGGAGGCCUUACUUGCUCGUGCUAUUAAAGCUUUCACUAAGACAAGCAUUGAUUCUGAAAACGGACCAUAUGUUUACAGCACCCUGAAGAAAGUAUUUAAACAAACACUGGAAGAAAAAAGGAAAAGGCUGAAGGAAGGAGCAGAGAAUCCCUCUUGACUUCUGCACAGCUGUGCUGAGGACCUAAGAGGGCCUCACCAGGCUCCCCUGCGUUCUCCAGCUGCUGUCCUCUGCGCGGUGUGGCUCCACUCAGCUAAGGCUGGGCCCUGGCAGCUGUUACCAAAGGAGUCUAUUUUUGUAGAGGGACUUUUAGAGGCAGUUCUCCAGAGCAGUGCCUGUGUGACUGGACCCUAGCAUUUGGCUCCCUGUGCUUUUAUAUUGUGAACUGCUCCCCUGUUUUCAGACAUAUUUAUGGACUUAGAUACCUCUGUCACUGGGCAAGCAACAGUAUUUUCAGGUCCCACAACUGCCAUAAGUUCAGUGCCAUGGUACAGCCAAGGGUCAGUGGGGACUGAGCUGAUAUUUAUGUAUUGCAUUUGUUUACAUUAAUGUGGUUUGGUUUUACUUCACAGAAAAUAAAUACUGACUGAGCUUAUCACAUCCACUUACCUUUUACAUCCAUUUUUCCUGCUGGAGAGCAGCCCUGUGGAGAAGGACCUGGGAG